AUGGAAAACCAAGAAGUUUUGAGAAGUAAGCCACUCUCCUAUGAAGCGUCGAAGGCAGUGCUGAAAUCGUUGAGUCUGGAAACAAGAGAAGCCAUCAACAGACGAAUUCCGGCACUUCGCACUGUCAACUCCCGAUUACCAUAUGUUUUGGAAAAUGUAGUCAUAGGAACUGACACUUUUGAAACCAACGGAAGAGAAUGGUUCAUGAGACCAGUCUGGGUACAAAGUUCUGAAAAUCCAUUAAGAAAAGUUGAAGAUCCAGAAAAGUGGGAAUUAAUUCUCCAGUUUAAUCAAGACACAAAAAAAUGCUAUCGUGUGAAUAAAUCCCCUGAAGAGAUUUUGGAGCAACUGUUCGAUGAGUACAUAAGAGAUGGAACAGUUGUCAGAGGAUCACUUUGUCUUAUUGGAAUUCCUGAAUUUAUGAAAAGAAAAAGUCAGAACGAAGUGGAUUUAAAGAUGAAAGUAACGAAUUUGGAGUUGAAUACUUUUGUAACAACGGACUAUGAUCAAUUUUUUUGGUUUAUUGAUUUGUAUGUGUUGGAAAAUGUCAGGAUUAUUGAGUUAAGGAAUUCGCUGACCCUUCUUGACAAUCCAGAGAUCAAAACCUGCAAGAAGCUCACCAUUGAGGCAGUUCUCUAUGGCUUACCAUCAGUCGACCAACUUCUUCGUCUUCGCAAUCAACACCUCCAAUUAGAAAAUUACGGCCUCACACUUCAUGAACUGCAACUGUUUGUGCAGGACUGGAUUACCACUGGUCGGGAAGUCGGGACACGCUUCAGUUGGGCGCAGAAAGGACACAAGGACGUUCGUGGCAUACUGUAUCGCUUGAAGACACAUUUUAGUGGUGUUGAAGCGGGGUCAAAUCUUGACUAUUAUUUUUUCAACAAAACAAUUCAUGGCAAAGGUAUAACUCUCAAAAUGGGAGAGGAUCGUGAGCUCGUGAUGUAUUGUGACCAGCGCGAACCCCAGUCGGAGUGGACUAUCUACAUUUUUGAAAUGGAGGUGGUAUCGAGCACCACUUCAGCUGGCUCCGUGCCAACUCCUGAUGUCUGA